AUUGGAUGAAUUUCUGGUGGAGGAGGGUACGAUGCAGCCAAGAACCAAAUUUUCCCACAAUUAUUAUUCAGAAAUAUCUCAAAGUGAAGGGGAAAAAAAAAAGAUCUCACGUGCGGAAACAAACUAUGGCCUUUUUGUCUGAUCAUUUCGUCUUCCUCUCUCUCUCACAAUUGUUCUUUGCAUCACAGCUUCCUCUUUCCUUGCUUCUUUUUUUUUUUGACAAAGAUUUCAAUUUUUUUAUUCUCUCUUCGAGUAAGUGGAGUAAGUUAACAUUGGGGCUAGGUGGUAGGUCUACUAAUACUGGCGUCACUGUGUUCAAAGAAUCGUAAAUCAAUUCACAAGAAUUUUAUUUUUUACAGAUGUGACGUUCUGUUAUCUCUCUUUUCCUUUUUAAAUCUCUUGCAAUGCAAAAGUACGAGUUUUUUUUUACCAGAAAAAAAUAGCAGCUUUCCCGAGAAAUUUUUUGAAACCAGGUCCUAAAAGCUAAAGCGAAAGCUAAAGUAGUGUGGAUUUAAAGUCUCGGUUUUUGAGCCUUUAUAAGCUCGUUUCUGGAUUUCGUUUUUCUUGUUGGCAUCUUUAUUACCCGAGGAGAUUAUACCGUAAACCAUUGCCGACAAAACCCCCCAGAAAAAUCGUGAAUUUCGAUCGGAAAUUUCAAAAGUUUGAACUUGGUUUUAAAGCUUCGACCUCUUUCUCCGGAUUUUUCAAAAUGGGUCUGUGUUAUUCAGUAGAUAGGACCACCGGGAAGGAACCAGGAGAAGCAAGCACCACCACCUCUGCGGCGGAGACGGCGGAGGAGAGAUCAGGCUCCGGCCGGUGGCGGCGGCCGAGAGAUUUUAAGGGCGGCGUCGAAAUAGAAGGGAAUCAACAGGUUUUGGGUCGGUUGAAUUCGAAUGGUUCAAGUAAAAUUGCAUGUCUUUACACACAGCAAGGCAAGAAAGGAACCAAUCAAGACGCUAUGCUCGUUUUCGAGAGCUUUUGUUCGAGAGACGACACAGUGUUUUGUGGUGUAUUCGAUGGACACGGACCAUUUGGUCAUAUGGUCGCGAAGAAAGUCCGAGAUACAUUGCCCUUCACACUCUCAACUCAAUUGAAAUUGACGUCAGAGUCAGAGCAAAGCGGCUUUGUGAAUGAGAAUAGUUUUGAGAACAAAUGUACAGAGGAGGAAGAAGAAGCGCAGAGAAGCGAGUCUGUUGCUACUAUGGAUGAGCAGUGGUGUGAGUUAAAUCCAAAUGAGAACAAGGAUGAACUUCCGGAGAUGUAUCUGCCUCUUAAACACGCGUUGCUCAAGUCUUGUCAGCAGAUGGAUAAAGAGCUGAAAAUGCAUCCGACAAUUGAUUGUUUCUGCAGCGGAACAACUUCAGUCACCUUGAUCAAGCAGGGUGAGGAUCUGGUGGUCGGAAACAUUGGUGACUCGAGAGCUGUUCUUGCAACCAGAGACGAAGACAAUGCUUUGGUCGCUGAACAAUUAACCGUAGACUUAAAACCCGAUUUGCCAAGUGAAUCAGCGAGGAUCCAGAAAUGUAAAGGACGAGUCUUUGCAUUGCAAGACGAACCUGAGGUAGCUCGUGUUUGGUUACCAAACAGCGAUUCACCUGGUUUAGCAAUGGCUCGAGCUUUUGGCGACUUUUGUCUCAAAGAUUACGGUUUAAUCUCCGUCCCAGAUAUCAACUACCGCCGCCUAACAGAACGAGACCAGUUCAUUAUUCUUGCUAGCGACGGGGUAUGGGAUGUGUUGUCAAACAAAGAAGCUGUAGACAUUGUUGCUUCAGCUCCUAGUCGAAGUACAGCGGCUCGAGCUCUAGUGGACACGGCGGUUCGAUCAUGGAGAAUCAAGUAUCCAACUUCCAAGAACGACGACUGUACUGUGGUCUGCCUCUUUUUACAGGAUUCAUCAGUAGCCAUGGAGGUUUCAAUCAAUGUAGUGAAUGGUUCACACAAAGAUGACUCCAUAGAGAGUGUCAGUGUCAGUAACAAGGAGGAGGACGAGAUUGUCCCAGUUAAAGACGAGAUCACCCCAAAGAGUUGCGAGACUGAGAAGAAGAUGAUGACAAUGACACUUGCAGAGUGUAUUUCGGUUGCACAGGAUGAUGAAGAGUGGUCGGCUUUGGAAGGAUUGACCAGGGUUAAUAGUUUACUGAGCAUUCCAAGGUUCUUCUCUGGUGAGUUUAGAUCAACUAGUUGGAGAAAAUGGUUGUGACUUUCUUUUUGGCGACCGACACAAACACCGCACAUCACCAUGUUCUUUGUUUCAUAUUCAACUUUUUUGUUUUCUCUGCUUUUUUGUCUUUCCUUUUUUUAAUUAAUCUUUCAGACAUGUGAAAUUGUUCAUGUUGCAGAUAUAAUUCACUACAUGACAACAAGAUUUUGAUUUAACAGUGUUUUUUUUUAAUGCAUUUUGUAUCUACAUGUAGUUUUAUCAUUGGUUCAAUUUUGUAUAUAUCUUUUAAUAUGAAAUAUUUAAGUAUCUCUAG